CUUUACAUUUUAAGGUGGUACAGGAAUAUGAAAGAGCUGUUAUAUUUAGAUUGGGUCGUUUAAUGCAAGGAGGAGCCAAGGGUCCUGGUAUUUUCUUCAUUUUACCCUGCAUCGAUUCAUAUGCUCGAGUUGAUUUGCGUACUCGAACUUAUGAUGUACCACCACAAGAGGUAAAAAAACAAAAAACUUUUUUUACAAUUUUUUUACAAUUAUUUUUACUAAAUAUAUUUGUGUCAAAGUAUUAAAACUUACACUCGUAUAAAAAUAUUAACGAGUCAACAAGGAGUAACUGUA